AUGGUUCGUGAGUUGAGAGAGAGCAGUGCGAGACUGAAAGCUGUGGGGCAGGACCCCCUGCCUGGUGCGCUGCGAUUGGCCGAGGCUGCCAAAGCUCAGGUUCGGGAUAAGGCUCGGAGUAAGGGGGGUCGCGUUAGGAAUGGAGGCUUGCGCGAAGGAAGGAAGGAGAGGGUGGAUUUGGAACAGGUGAGGGAGGAGGAGGAGGAGGAGGAGGAGGAGGAGGAGGAGGAGGAGGAGGAGGAGGAGGAGGAGGAGGAGGAGGAGGAGGAGGAGGGUGGGGAUGAGAGGAGGUGGUCUGAUGAUGACGGGGGGGAGUUGGAGGAAACGCCAGAGCCAGCUCAACCCCAAGGCCCCAACGACCGGCAUGGCCGGACCAGCAUGCCCGCCUCAGUGCACCUACGCACGCCCUCCGCCCCCCGCCUCUCCCCUCUCAACCUGCAUGGUGGCGCUGCUGCUAGGGGGGGUUCGGGGCAGGGUGUGAGGCGGGGAGGAACUGUGACCCCGACCGGGAAGCUGCGGAGGCGAAAGCGGCCGUUCAGUGCAGAGGAGACAGACACACUCAAGAUUGGCGUCAUGAGGUUUGGCAAGUCAUGGAGUGCAAUCAUGCACGAAUACGCCGAUUUCGUGUGCGGCCCGGGUAACUUCCUCUAUGGAAAGUUCACCGACCCUAAGGACCCUUACAAGGAGCCUGCCGAUCCCCUGUUCGAGGCUUAUUUCACCCCCGGUCAGAUGUACAACUACGAGAAGGACAAUGUUACCGAUGACAAGAUUCUCACCCCCCAGCUCGAUUGCUACAAGGUCUGCGACUCGUACAACAUGAAACUGCCCAGCAACUUCAACUCGGCGAACAAGGCCAAGUACUGGAUGUUCGAGGAGACUUGCCUCGAGGGUACCGGCGGUAUCUGCACGUGCUACAACAAGCUUCAGUGCAAGGACGACCACAGCUACAGCUCCAAGUGGAUGGAGCCCGCGCGCGGCGUCGGCACCGUCGACUACGAGGUUCCCGCCAACUUCACCGUCGGCGAGCUUUGCGACGGCAAGAACAAGGGUGAUCCUCACUUCACUGGCGCUGACGGCUCCCACUUCGACUUCUCCGGCAAGCCUAACCGCAACUACGCGCUUAUCUCCGACCCGCACUUCCAGCUCAACGGCUUCUUCGGCGGCCGCUACUCCCGCUGGAACGGCGACGUCAAGGCGCUCACCUGGAUCCGCUCCGUCGGCAUCAUGGCCGGCCACCACACGCUCGUCCUCGAGGCGCGCCGCGGCGCGGACGCCGAGUAUCUCAACGGCUACCUCGCCCGCGUUGUUGUCGACGGUGUCCCCGUCGAGAUCACCGUUCCCGGCACCACCGUGGAGCUCUGGGAGGGCGCUACUCUCCGGUGGGAGGCGGCUCGCGAGCUGAGCGGUACCGAUCUCGUUGACGUGUACGAUGUCAAGAUCGGCAGCGUUGCCACCAUCCGCCUGACCCUCAGGCCCGAGGUCAAGAACCUGCGCACCGCCACCGACGGAGCGGUUCACUUCGGUCUGGAUGUGCUUUCGUCGUCCUUCUCCAAGGCCGUGCACGGUGUUCUGGGCCAGACCUUCCGCCCCGACUUCUCUGGCCGACUUGCUCAGCAGAAGCUGCAGUGGAGCGACCUCCUCGGUGUGAUGGUUGUUCCCGGCGACAACGCCGAGGGUUUCAUCGACGGCGGCAUGGAUGACUACGAGGUGUCGGACCUGCUCAAGAACGACUGCAAGUUCUGCCGCUUCCAGCGCGCCGAGUCGAUCGACGAUGAGAUGUCGAUCGCCAUGAACAUGAUGGGCUCGGCUGUCGGCGGUGGCCUCCCCGCUGCCCCCCGCAAGUUCCUCGACACUUACUAA